AAGUGCAUUACGUAUCGCAGAGAGUGUUUAACUUAUUGGUUUGAUCGUGUUGGAUAUUUUAUUAAUAGUUUUUAGCUUAGUGUUUGGUAUAUUAGUAGUAGUAAUUAGUGUAUUAUUAAGACAUUUAGUGUAUCUCUAGUGCGUUAAGUUAAGUCAUUAGUUAUUUAACAAUAUGCCUCAUAAAAAGAUAGGAAUCAAAGGGCUGGGAUUGAAUAGCCAAGCAAAGGCAAUCAUUUAUAAUGUUACUACAUUUAUGGAACAAGAGGCAGCACAUUUCAAAACAACCGAAAACCUGUUAAUACCUUUAAGUAAAUUGACGGAUAGGAUUCUAGCAGCGACGGGUAUAAGCAAAAACACCUUAACCAAAAUAAGAAAAAAAGGUAGAGACGUAAAUAAAAAUGGAGCGACUAGUUUAUCUUUUAAAAGUCCAAAAAGAAAACGUUGUCGUUCCAAAAAAAUUGAAUUGAGCAGUGGACAAGUGAAAACUAUCAAAAAUAUUAUAUACGACUUCUACACCAUCGAGAAAAGAUCCCCUACAAUUAAUGGUAAAUAGUUUAAAAGUUAAAAAACUAUUAGUUAAUGGGAAAUUGAUACCUAUAUUUUUUAUGGUAAAUAAAAUAGAGUAAGUAAAAUUAUAAAACAAUUGUUUGUACCCGUUUAGAACGAAAUAAAAGUUUUUUCGUAAACACACUGAUAUAGAUGCAUUUUUAACAAAAAUGGUAGAUAGAUACAAUUCUUUUACAAUUUUAUUUACUUAAAGUAUAAAAGAAGAUUUACUUUCCAAAUAUUUUAACGAUUUCUAUUUAUUUAAGGUAUCUAUCAAAAACUAAAGAACAAACAAAUGGAAUUUCCAGGGUCAAAGGAAACAUUAAGGAAAACGAUAAUUGGAUUAGGCUUUAGGUAACAUAGUAAAAGUAAUUAUUCAGCUUAAAAAAUAAAAUUGUAUAAUGGAUAA